AUGAAAUCGCUCAUCCUGCUCCUCCUACUAAUGUCCACCGCCUACAGUAACCUUCCAAGAUGCACCAAUGAGAUCAACGCCAUCAGAAGGCGAUACGCCAACGAGUUCUCUACAGCCAAUAUGAAUAAAUUGGCUUAUAAUCCAAAAUGGGAAAAGAAGAUUCUGGGAAAAUUGGAAUCUUCUGGAGGAUGUCCAGACAAAUCUGGGGAAUAUGAGGAUGGUUUCGUUUUUGGAUUGAAUAUCAGAAAUUGGAAGGGAUUUCAACUCCACGUGGCAUCGAACUCCGAAAGUAUGGAAAUCGCUUGUGUAGAGACGAGAUGCGAAAGGGAUGGAGAGCUUAUCACUUCGGCUGUGUUUGAUAUCGGUUGA